GAAAGGGGGGCCCAAGGCGAGCUGCCCACAGGCUGCUUCCUGCGCGCAACACGGCCGAGUGCAUCGGCAUACAGUCUUUCCAUGUCCCUCGUGCUGCCCAGUUGCAGCCCAAGGGGUACCAGCGCACCAUUUAACACUGCACUCAGCAACCAGACUGCGCCAUGGCGGGCGGCAAGCCAAGGCGCUGGGCUGCGUGUCAGAAUUGCGGUCCGCGCAGUUGGGUGUAUCUUGACGGUGGUAUUCGUCAAUGCAAACACUGUAGUUGCAAGUUCCAGCCGCCAAAUGGACGGUUCCAGAAGAAUAGGUAAAGGGACGGAUCAUGGUUCAGGAGCCGUUGGCGCAUCGACUGCCAACAACGGCCAGCCAGGCCAAAGUGAUUUGUUCAAGCAUUGGCAGAAAGGAUACGGAGGAGUGGGAUCGCCGCUUUCCACAACCAGCUGAAGAUGCAGAUGAGGAGAAGGCAGAUCCUGCUCACCAGCAAGUUCGAGGAGGUGGCAAAGGCUCAGGAGGAGAUGGAGGUUGAUGCGCCUUCGGCGGCCCCUGCUUUGGUGCAGCACCUCGAGCCUCUCGAGGCUUUCAUCCCGGAGGAGGAGAAGGCAGAGUGGGCAGCCAAAAAGGAGGAUAUCUGCCAAUCUGGCAAAGCGCUGCCGCCUCGGGCAGCGCAAGCACAGCCAACACCAGUACCAGUACGACCGCUUCCAAAGGCUGCUGCAGUUCCUGUGGCGAAACAGCCGUCGGUACCUGUGCCUCUGCUCCGCGGGCAUCAAAAUCGGUAUGGAAGGCAGGCUGGCCCUGGUCACGGCGGGGGGCGCCAGCGCUCCGUCAUGGCGAGGAAGCAGCUGACCCUGAUCGUGGCUUUCGCCCCCCACGAGGUGUAGCUGGAGCCACUGGUGAUCUUGCCGGCGCAGCUGCCUCAGCUGCAGAACCCGAUCGCACUCGGACCGGUGGGCGGCAACACAUGCUGGGUUCCUGCAGGACUGUGCGAGCAGGAAGCCGAUUCCAUCUCAGUAGCUAGCACAGAAUGCCAGAACGACUUCAACAGGUUUGGCGAUGAGUAUUCCGACAGCAAUUUCGAUUUCGACCAGAACCAGCAUGGAUGGGAAAUUGGGGAUGGGGGAGAAGCUAUGCUGGCGGAACAAGAGGCACGCGUGCCAAGGAUCAUACAAUUCCGGCGAGCAAAAAGGGAUCGCGAGGGAGCCAGUCUUUGGCAGACGCGGGGAAGCGCGCAAGUGCUGCGACAGUCUGGCAAGCUACAGUUUCGAAUACGGGGAGGAGCGGCC